GCGGUUUAAAGACACCAUCUCCCAAGUAAUAACAGGCCUACGGGGGGUUAUAACGGUUAAAAAGGCUGAUUUAUAUAACUAAUCACUUUAGCGUUGUCAUUCAGCAGUUAAACUGAGUUGGUUUCGCAUGAGGGCGAAGCGGCUCCUCCGCUGCUGCCCUGCUUUCUCUCUCCACACCGCUAGCAGGACUAGCAGACGUUUGCUAGCAGCAUAGUUUCACUCUCAGCUCGAAAAUCCGUAAAAUUAUGGACCCGAAGCAUAAAGAAAUUCUUCGAGCGCACAGGCUGCACCUCUCCGAGCAGCUCAUAGUCGACGACACGAUUAUUCAGUACUUGUAUCAAGAGGGCAUUUUAACGGAGAGCCAGGUGGAGGAGAUUCAGUCACAGCCGUCGAACAAAAACAAGACUCUGAGGCUGCUCGCUAUCCUGCCCGGCCGCGGCCCUCUCGCCUUCGGCGCCUUUCUCAGCUCCCUCGAGCAGGACUUCCCCUGGAUUAGAGAGAAACUCCUGCUCUUAUCUGCGGCUGCAGACGACAGCGCGACUGUGUCGCACCCCAGCGCGGCCUCAGGUCAGUGGGGUGUUCCUGAGCACCUUCUCCACACAGUUCCGUCCAAUCAGCAGCUGAACAGGUUGGCAUCUCGUCUUGGUUCAGAGUGGGAGAUGGUGCUGUUGGACUUGGGCCUGUCGCCGGGGGAGCUCUACCGGUGCCGUGCUGACCAUCCGCUCAGUGUUCAGAGUCAGGUGCUAGCAGGCUUAGUGAUGUGGAAGCAAUUGCAGGGCCGUGGAGCCACCGUGCAGCGUCUGCUCCAGAGCCUACAGGCUUCAGAUCUCCAUCCGUCUGCCAUUGACCAGGUGUUCAUCUGAAGCUGCGGGAGAGAGAGAUAGAGAAAGACUACAACCCCUCUGCUGUCUUUCUGCCACCUUAUUGCCUCAAACUGUGCCAUGUACCUGGACGCAAGUAUUCCAGGAGAGAUUUAUAUACAUCAGUGCUGUGUUAGGCCACGUUAGCCUUUAUGCCUUGCCAGACAUUGCAGCUAUCUGGACUGCAAGGGCCACCUACUUGAUACAUAGACACUGAUGUAGGAUCAGUUGGAAUGUAUCCAUUCCAUGUAUGAUGUUUUAUCACAGUUAAUUACAGGAAUUAUGUUUUUUAAAAAAACUUUUUUAAUUUAAUUGGCUCUUAUUAUUCUGUCAGUACUUUGCUAUAUAUGAUAGAGACUACUUAUUUUUUGCAUCUUAAUUAAAGUAAUUUAAGUGUUGUAGACAAAUUAAAGAAGCUUUAGUAAGCCUAGAAAGAGAUAGGCAUGUAGCUGACAAUCAGCAGAACCAGUGACUGACAUUACCUCACAUGAGAUGACACGCAGUGUCCAAAAACUUGAAACGAUUGUUUUUAGCGAUGGAGCAUUCACCACCAUGAGUGGUCAGCACCUUUCAGCACUGCUCACUAUCUUCGUGCCUCUUCAUCAUCUCUCUAUUACUUACAGAACCAGACCACAAAAAGCCAUAGUAGGCCGCCUGUGGUCUGGAACUGACACUGAGAAGGGAGUGAAUCUAAUGUGCAAAUUAUUUGUGUUCACCGCAGUUAACAUUACCAGCCAAGUCACAUCGUAACAUUUCACUUCCGACCUCAAAAACAGCGAAUUUGGGAACAGUUAGUAAGCUGAUACCAAAUGUGAUAAAUUAACUAAAUGUUGCUGAAAAUUUAAUUGCACUGAAACUGUACUAUUAUUAACCAAAGCUGUACUUGUAAGUACAGUAAGUUACAAUGUAAAAUGUGAAGUUAUCCUGAACUUGACAUGAAUUUGACAUCACGUCACUUUCCUAUGCACGGCACAGUAUAGUUUACUAUGUAAAACCAAUAACAUCACCAAAACAACCGAGCUCUAAUAUUAGCUAUAGUCUGUAGUUUGAUCAUCUUAAAACACAAAGCGCAGGUUAUCCCAUUUUUCUUGAUUAAAACACUGCAGAACUAUUCCAGUGGAACCAUAAAGUGAAUGUAGCUCACGGUUCUCUAUUUCUUGGCUGAAAAGUCUUUAUACUGUCUUUGAAAUAAUGAUUUCAAGAAAUCACUCUCAAUCUUUAUUAGGAAUAUAGAAGUCAGUGUAGUGCUAACAUUGCAUCUUGUCUAUGAGCAAACAGCUAGGGAAGCACUAGCUGAUGUUGUUGCCUCAAUUAGUAGUGAACUAAAAAUCUCAUUAUUUUGGGAAUUUUUUUAUAAAAGUCUGCUUUUUUAUGUUUUUAGCAAGUUGUUUUUAAGCUCUCCCCUCACAAGUUUCAAAUGAGAUGUAUCUGACACAGCUGCCAAUCAGCAUCAGAGCUAUUUUUUUUUAAUGAAUACAGCCAGUUAGAGCCCCUGAAUUCAGCCCUGUGUAUUAAGUCAUCUGUAACCAGAAUGCCCUUGUUGAUUGGUUUAUGUCAGUAGAUUCUCAAUAAAAUGAUAAAAUGCCUUCCUUGGGUUCUUCUGGGUUUUUUCUCUAAAGGCCUAUAGUAGUAAGGGUUCAAAUAAAAUUAAAUGCUAAAAU